AGAGAGCUUCAUUACUGCCGUCGUCAAACUUUUAACUGUGGGACACGCGCGCCCGCGCGCUCAUGGAGAGGUGAGAGCGUCUCGCGGACCAUGAGGAGGCUCGCGUUCGUGGGGUUGCUGCUCACCCUGAGCGCGUGCCUGCAGCCUACCGGCACGCGCAGCGACCCACCUGGCACAGAGUUUGACUGUUGUGAAGGUGAUAUCUUGCUCCUAUUGGACUCCUCUGGAAGCAUCACCACUUACGAAUUUUCCCGCCUGCUGGGCUUCCUGACAGACUUGCUCCGCCCCUUCCUGUUGGGGCGUGGCCAGGUGAGAGUAGGUAUGGUGCUGGUGGGCACUGAGCCGCAGAUGGAGUUUAGCUUUGAUGCCUACAACUCCCAGAAUGCCCUGCAGGAGGCGUUGCUGAGAACACAGCAGCUCCGCGGCGACACCAACACUGAAGCUGCGCUGCUAUUGGCUCAGAGGUUACUACGCCGACCACCAGGGCACAUCUAUCCACCCAGGGUUCUGCUGUGGCUAACCGAUGGGGUGAAGCCAGGCAACGUGGACGGACCAAUGGCGGUGCUGCGUCAGGAGGGCGUGUCUGUGCUGGCAGUUUCUACUGGACAAGGUAAUUACCAGGUGCUCCAUGGCGCUGUGAGUCCUCCCACUGAGGCGCACCUGUACUUCAUAGACAUCGAUGACAUCGGCAUCAUCACUGAAGAUCUGAGGGAAGCCAUCAUAGAGCUGAUCCGCGUGGAGCGUCUGCAGGUGCGAGACGUGACUACCCACAGUGCCUUGCUGCAGUGGCGGCCCGUUCUGGUCGGUGGUUUGGGACACUAUGAGCUGCGUUACAGUUCUGACACUGAGGAGCGAAGACUGACCCUGCAGGCCGAGCAGAGCUGGACGGAGCUCACCGACCUGCAGCCGGACACUCGCUACACAGCCUGGCUCACACCACACACACCGCUGCAGCGCAGAAACACACUGACCACCAGCUUCUCUACACUGACCGAAGUGUUGAGUCCGGUGUCGGUGACCGUGUCGGAGUCCGGAGUGGACCGUGUGCAUGUGAGCUGGACGCCGCUGCAGCCGAGCCGUGUUUUGCGCUACUUGGUGGAGUUUGGGCCGAUUCCUCGUGGGGACGUGCGAGCAGUGACCCUAACAGGGAGAGAGAGCAGCACACUGCUGACCCAGUUACAGCCGCACACUCAGUACCUCAUCACGGUGACCGCUGUUCACUCCUCCGGCCAGCAGAGGGCCAUGUCCGUCAGAGCCUGCACUCAGGAAGUUCUGCCAGGCCUGGUUGACCUCCAGUUGACCCCUGUGGGGUCGGACUCGGUGAAGGUGGACUGGAGAGGUCACAGUGAGGCGGCCGGGCUGAGGGGGUACUGGGUGAGGUGGGAGACCGGAGAGCACUCAUCAUUAUCGCCGCCAUCCUCGAGGUACCUGCCCGCUCAGUCUCUCUCCACCGUCCUCACACACCUCAGCCCUGCCACGCGAGUGUGUGUGUCGCCGGUGUACAGGACGGCGCGGGGGGAGGGGCUCUGCUGUACCGCACACACACUCACAGCUGCCCACGGACGAGGCGGUCAGCUCUCUCUUCUUUCCUGAGUUUGGGGAAAGUCGCUGUCUGUGCUGAUCUGUCGUGGUUUAGCCUGGAAAACACUGCGUGUUCCUUUGAGAUGGUGGAGAAGAGGCUCCAAGGAGGAAGAAGAGGAAGAAAGCGAGGCAUCGAGUCGCCUUGAUGAGAACAGCUUCAGCUCAGUCAUGGAGGCGUGAUGGGGUCAGGAGGUCAGACAGGUCCAGAUCAAUCACCGCUGUCCUGCACAGGCACUGAUAAGUGUCUCCUGCCUGAUUGAUUUCUGUUAACUGCACUUAAUCACAAAAACACACACAAACACAAAGACAACACCAGCUUGCACACACUGCCACCCAGUGGCCAUUCGCUGCACUACAGCCAAUGGAGAUUUAGUAACCUUGCCAAAUUCAUGAUGUUUGUUUUUAUUUUAUCUGUAAUCACUUCCAAAAAGGGGGUCAUUGUCACACAGUUUGUGGAUUUGAAAUGUAAUUUAAUAUAAUAAAUGUGUCUAAGUACAUUAAAUUAUGCUAUGGCAUUUGGUGAACAUGCAAAUGUUUCUGUACAUGGCAAUGAAAAAAGGACAGUCUUCAUGCAUCUUUAGACAAUCGACAGAUUUUAAUUUGAAAUUAUACCUGUUUUUCUACCAGUAUAUGAAAACACCCUUGGAAUUAAAUCCUGUACAAACUUAACAGCAGUUUUAAUUAAACAAAGGGGUUCUCUGA